AUGGUUCGACCAACAAUAGCACGCUAUUGUCAUCCAAUCGUUGAUGAAUAUGUCAUAGCUACUUGUCAAGGAAAAUCAUUUGCUGGUGGUUAUUUAAAUGAUGCAAAUGUUCAAUGGACAGUACAAGCUGAAACAACAAAAUUUAUACCACCUAAAAGAUAUGACUACAUAUUUGAUAGAGCUCAACCGUUCUUUUUCUGGUUUGGUAAUAAUAAUCAAACUGAAAUUUCAUAUCCAGAAAAGCAUUUUCAAGGUAAAACAAACAAUAAAGGUCUACAUGAAAUAAAAAUUAGUUAUCAUGGUAUUGAACAAGAACCAAGAACAACAAUUGUUCAUGCAUUAGCAGCCAUUACUGAUUUAAAUAAUCAAAGACAGGAAACAAAAACACAAUUUAUCAUACAUCCAUGCACAUAUUACGUUGGAUUUCAAUUAUCAACAAAUUACGGCAAGAAAAAUAAACCUGUACAAACAAAAAUCAUUGUAACAGAUAUUGAUGGAAAUUUAAUUGAUAAUAUUUUGAUUGAAUGUAAAGUAAUUGGAUAUGGUAAGAAAAGAAAAGAAGAUGAAAAUGGUUUAACAGUAUUUGAAGAAAUAAAAGAUGAACAAAUAUUAAUAGUUAUUAGUUCAAAUAAAGAUGCAGUCAAUAUUGAUUACACACCAAAAUUAGGUAGGUAA